AUACCCAUACCUGCAUCUGGGUUUGCUGGCAAAGCACACAGGCUAAGCGCCGAGGAGAGGGACCAACUACUACCAAACCUGAGGGCUGUGGGGUGGAAUGAACUGGAAGGCCGCGAUGCCAUCUUCAAGCAGUUCCAUUUCAAAGACUUCAAUAGGGCUUUUGGGUUCAUGACAAGGGUGGCCCUGCAGGCUGAGAAACUGGACCACCAUCCUGAAUGGUUUAACGUGUACAACAAGGUCCACAUCACCCUGAGCACCCAUGAGUGUGCAGGCCUUUCGGAGCGGGACAUAAACCUGGCCAGCUUCAUCGAACAAGUAGCAGUGUCCAUGACAUAG